AUGGAGGGGCCCCCGGGCCUGCGGCCGGGCGCGGGCGGGCCCUGGGAGAUGCGGGAGCGGCUGGGCACCGGCGGCUUCGGGAAUGUCUCUCUGUACCAGCAUCGGAUGGUAAAGAGUUACAUGGGACAUAGUUACAACAGCCACCUGCACAUAACAAAAGAAAGCUUGAAGGAAGUGAGGAUUGUGGUUAGAUUGGACCAUAGCAACGUAGUAAAAGCCUGUGAUGUUCCUGAGGAACUGAAUAUUUUGAUUAAUGGUGUGCCUCUUCUAGCAAUGGAAUACUGUUCUGGAGGAGAUCUUCGGAAGCUACUUAACAAACCGGAAAAUUGCUGUGGACUUAAAGAAAGCCAGAUACUUUCUUUACUUAGUGAUAUAGGGUCUGGGAUUCGUUAUUUACAUGAAAACAAAAUUAUACAUCGUGACCUAAAACCUGAAAACAUAGUUCUUCAGGAUGUUGGUGGGAAGAUAUUGCAUAAGAUAAUUGAUCUGGGAUAUGCCAAAGAUGUUGAUCAAGGAAGUUUAUGUACAUCUUUUGUAGGAACGCUGCAAUAUCUGGCCCCAGAGCUUUUUGAGAAUAAGCCUUAUACAGCCACUGUUGAUUAUUGGAGCUUUGGUACCAUGGUGUUUGAAUGUAUUGCUGGAUAUAGGCCUUUUUUACAUCAUCUGCAGCCAUUUACCUGGCAUGAAAAGAUUAAGAAGAAGGAUCCAAAGUGUAUAUUUGCAUCUGAAGAGAUGACAGGAGAAGUCCGGUUCAGUAGCCAUUUACCUCAACCAAAUAGCCUUUGUAGUUUAAUAGUAGAGCUCAUGGAAAACUGGCUACAGUUGAUGCUGAAUUGGGAUCCUCAUCAGAGAGGAGGACCUAUUGAUCUUGUUUCGAAGCAGCCAAGAUGCUUUGUAUUAAUGGAUCACAUUCUGAAUUUGAAGAUAGUACACAUCCUAAAUAUGACUUCUGCAAAGAUAAUUUCUUUUUUAUUGCCUCCUGAUGAAAGUCUCCAUUCACUACAGUCUCGUAUUGAGCGUGAAACUGGAAUAAAUACUGGUUCUCAAGAGUUGCUUUCAGAGACGGGAAUUUCUCUAGACCCUCGGAAGCCAGCCUCUCAGUGUGUUCUAGAUGGAGUUAGAGGCUGUGAUAGCUAUAUGGUUUAUUUGUUUGAUAGAAGUAAGACUGUAUAUGAAGGGCCAUUUGCUUCCAGAAGUUUAUCUGACUGUGUAAAUUAUAUUGUACAGGAUAGCAAAAUACAGCUACCAAUUAUACAACUACGUAAAGUAUGGGCUGAAGCAGUGCAUUAUGUAUCUGGGCUAAAGGAAGAUUACAGCAGGCUCUUUCAGGGACAAAGAGCAGCAAUGUUAAGUCUUCUUAGAUACAAUGCUAACUUGACAAAAAUGAAGAACACUUUGAUUUCAGCAGCUCAGCAACUGAAAGCCAAACUUGAGUUUUUUCAAAGAAGCAUUCAGCUUGACUUGGAGAGAUAUAGUGAGCAGAUGACUUAUGGGAUAUCGUCAGAAAAAAUGUUAAAAGCAUGGAAAGAAAUGGAAGAAAAGGCCAUCCACUAUGCUGAGGUUGGUGUCAUUGGCUACCUAGAGGAUCAGAUCAUGUCCUUGCACACCGAAAUCAUGGAGCUACAGAAGAGCCCCUAUGGAAGACGUCAGGGGGACUUGAUGGAAUCUCUGGAACAGCAUGCCAUUGAUCUAUAUAAGCAGCUAAAGCACAGGCCUCCAGAUCACUCCUACAGCGACAGCACGGAGAUGGUGAAGAUCAUUGUGCACACUGUGCAGAGUCAGGACCGUGUUCUCAAGGAGCUGUUUGGUCAUCUCAGCAAGUUGUUGGGCUGUAAGCAGAAGAUUAUCGAUCUACUACCCAAGGUGGAAGUGGCCCUCAGUAACAUCAAAGAAGCUGACAAUACUGUCAUGUUUAUGCAGGGAAAGAGGCAGAAAGAAAUAUGGCACCUCCUUAAAAUUGCCUGUACACAGAGUUCUGCUCGGUCCCUAGUAGGAUCCAGUCUAGAAGGUGCAGUAACUCCUCAGGCAUCAACUUGGCUGCCUCCAUCUUCAGUAGAACGGGAACAUCCUCUGUCAUGCGUGGUAACUCCUCAAGAUGGGGAGACUUUAGCACAAAUGAUAGAAGAAAAUUUGAACUGUCUUGGCCAUUUAAGCACUAUUAUUCAUGAAGCAAAUGAGGAUCAGGGCAGUAGUAUGAUGAGUCUUGACUGGAGUUGGUUAACAGAAUGA